CUCCUGGGAAUCUUGAGUUCCUUGUGAGAUAAUUCUCGCCAAAAAAACCCUAAUUCUUCAAAUGUGCGUGGAGCCACGCGGAUGUUUAUUGCGGGCUUCGGGCGCCAUUCCUGUCUCUGGCCCCGUUUCGCUCUGGCCUCUGGCCCUGUCUCGCUCUGGCCCUGUCGCGCCAUUCCAACACUAGGCCCCAUCGAUGCAUUGGUCUUUUUCAUUCACAUCUCUGGAACAUUGGUGCCAUAAAACACACCUGUGAGACCCGGUUUCGCGUGCUGUCCGUUGAUUUACAUUUGAGAAUUUUACGCUCCUCAACACCGUCCGGCUACACCAUGACAUUCGUGCCCCGGACGUCAUUCCCCGACUAUCGGCUCACGCUUGCCAGCUUCAAAGGCCACCACCAAAAAGCCCUCACCAAGUUCGGCCACUUGGCGCCGCAGAUCGACCUCAUUCUCGAGGUCCGGGAUUCGCGGGCCCCCGUAUCGACCACCAAUGUGCUCUUUGACCGGGUGCUCGCACGCAAGCAGAAAAUCAUCUUGUACAGCAAGAAGGACCUUUCGAUCAUGAAACCAGCGCUUCUCAGGAAGUGGCACCAGAACGAACCAUUUCUUUUUGUAGACACACGUAACCCGAAAGACGCCCGCCGGAUCCUCGACGCCGUGGGCGCUUUUUACAGCCAGAUGAAACCGCCGCCUCCUUUGGGGCUCCGGGCCAUGAUCAUCGGCAUGCCGAACGUGGGCAAAUCCACGUUGGUCAACACAUUGCGCUCCGUGGGCUACUCCUCGCAACUACCGACAGGCAUCAGCUCCAAGAAAAACAAGAAAGUGGCCCGCACAGGCGGCCAGCCGGGCGUCACCAGGAACACCAGUGAGAUCAUCCGUCUCAGCAGGGACCCCGACUUGCUUGUUUACGACACGCCGGGGGUGUUUCUUCCCACAGUGAAGGAUCCAGAGACCAUGCUUGCGUUGUCGCUUGUCGGGUGUAUCCAGGAGUCGUUUGUGGAUCCCGUGAUCCAGGCCGACUACUUGUUGUACGUGUUGAAUCUCCAGAGCAAGAAUGGCGAAGGCUACGCCGAGUUCAUGGACCGCCCCACCAACGACAUCCACGAGCUUCUUCACAACAUUGCCAAGAAAAAGGGCCGGGUUUCCCGGGACGGGUCGUGGGAUCAGUUGGGGAUGGCACAGCACUGGACCAACACGUGGCGCCAGGGGAAGCUGCGCAAAUUCAAGGGUCUUUUCGACGUGCCGGCCAUUUUGGAGGUCAGUUCCACAGAAAUGAAGCAGACCAUAGAGAGCGAGCUAGAGAGGUUGAAGGAUUCGGGCGUCCACACGCGUAUCAUCAACAGUCUCGGGGAAGACGGCACGGGGAACUCGAAGGCAAGAAACCGGACGGCCAAGGACCGCGAGUUUGAUAUUCGGAACCAGCUCUUCAAGUUGUAAAUAGAUUAAUUAACGGGAGGCCAUGUCGUAUGAUGAGCGGAAGACCGGCUGGUGAUGAGCGGAAGACCGGCUGGUGAUGAGCGGAAGACCGGCUGGUGAUGGACCGAAGGCCGGCUGGUUGAUACGCGGAAGACCAGGUCAUAGAGUGGCGGGCUUCCAGUCGGCCAUGUGCGCAGGGCCACACAUGCAAAAGCCCUGCUGUGUUCUGGGCAGUGUUCCGGGCCGUUCUCAGAACCCAAAAUCCGGG